AUGGUCUAUAUAAACGAGACGUCUUCACCCGAAACACCGUUGCUGACUGUCACAGGAUUCCCCGACCCAUUCGCGGUGGCCACCAUCAACGGCGAACAAACAAAGACCACCGGCGUCAGCAAACGGACGCUGAAUCCCUAUUGGAACGAGAGCUUCGACUUUCGAGCAAAUGAAGGCAGCAUCCUCGCGGUACAAGUCUUUGAUCAAAAGAAGUUCAAGAAGAAGGACCAAGGUUUCCUUGGUGUCAUCAAUAUUAGAGUCGGAGAUGUCAUGCCAGACCUCGGCCCUGACUCUGACGACCAAAUGCUUACAAGAGACCUCAAGAAGUCGACCGAUAACCUUGUGGUCCACGGAAAGUUAAUCAUCAACCUUUCAUGUAACCUCAGCACGCCCGCACGGGGGGGUCAGGCCUCCAGCAGCCGGCCGGCCCUGUCCGUUCCUGGCACAUCAAGCUCUUCUGCCCUCUCCGCUCCCGAUGGUAGACCAAGCUCGUCCAUGUCCAACCAGAACGGCAUUUCUCCUGCGCCUCAAUUGACCUUGCCUCAUCACUCGCCUCUUUUCAGCUCGAGUUCUUCCCCUGCUCCGGGAUUGAAUGGCACGGGUUCCUCUUCAAGGCCGACCAGUCAAUUGAGCCCCUUCGAGGACAACCAGGGCCGACUUCCUGCCGGCUGGGAGAGACGAGAAGAUAAUUUGGGGCGAACAUACUACGUUGACCACAACACACGCACAACCAACUGGAAUCGCCCUACCGCCAAUGGCGGCGCAGAGACUCGAGAGCGAGAAGCCGCAACAGCAGUAGAGCGACAGCGACACCAGAAUCGUACGCUGCCCGAAGACCGGACAGGCACUAACUCACCGCCUCUGUCUCAGCAGCAGCAGCAGCAGCCGCCGCAGCAGCAGGGUGGUUCCCAGUCAGGAGGCGGCGGCAGUCCGACUGGUCCCGGCAGCCCUACCCAAACCGGCGCGAGCACCACGGUGAUGCACACCGGUGCAACGAGUCCCGGCACUGGAGAGCUUCCACCGGGCUGGGAACAAAGAUGGACACCGGAGGGACGUCCCUACUUUGUUGACCACAAUACCAGAACGACUACCUGGGUCGAUCCCCGUCGUCAACAGUAUAUUCGCAUGUAUGGCGGCCAAAACAACACCAACGGCCAAAUUCAACAGCAACCAGUCUCGCAACUCGGGCCCCUGCCCAGCGGUUGGGAAAUGCGGCUCACCAACACUGCGCGGGUGUAUUUUGUCGACCACAAUACCAAGACAACCACGUGGGACGAUCCACGUCUGCCGUCGUCCUUGGACCAGAACGUUCCUCAAUACAAGCGAGACUUCAGACGCAAGCUCAUUUACUUCCGAUCUCAGCCUGCUAUGCGAAUCCUCAGCGGCCAAUGCCACAUCAAAGUCAGGCGUGAGCAUAUUUUUGAGGAUUCUUUCGCCGAGAUUACACGUCAGUCCGCCACUGACUUGAAGAAGCGGCUGAUGAUCAAAUUCGACGGUGAAGACGGCUUGGACUACGGAGGUCUGUCCCGAGAGUUCUUCUUCCUGCUGUCUCACGAGAUGUUCAACCCGUUCUACUGCCUUUUCGAGUACUCUGCGCACGAUAACUACACCCUGCAGAUCAACCCACACUCGGGCAUCAACCCAGAGCACCUGAACUACUUCAAGUUUAUCGGACGCGUAGUUGGGUUGGCCAUUUUCCAUCGACGAUUUUUGGAUGCUUUCUUCAUCGGAGCCCUAUACAAGAUGGUCUUGGGCAAGGCUGUUUCACUUGCUGACAUGGAGGGCGUCGAUGCCGACUUCCACCGGUCCCUGCAGUGGAUGCUGGAUAACGACAUCUCUGGCGGAAUUCUGGAGCAGACCUUCUCCACCGAGGACGAGCGAUUCGGUGUCAUGACGACAGAAGACUUGAUCCCCAACGGCCGGAACAUUGAAGUCACCAACGAAAACAAGAAGGAGUAUGUUGAUCUCAUGGUAAAGUGGCGUAUUGAGAAGCGCAUUGCGGAGCAGUUCCAGGCAUUCAAGGAAGGGUUCCACGAACUUAUUCCUCAGGAUCUCAUUAAUGUGUUUGACGAGCGUGAACUCGAGUUGCUCAUUGGCGGUAUUGCUGAGAUUGACGUGGACGACUGGAAGAAGCAUACAGACUAUAGAGGAUACACCGAGUCGGACGAGGUUAUUCAGAAUUUCUGGCAGGUAGUAAGAUCAUGGGACGGGGAACAAAAAUCGCGUCUUUUGCAGUUCACUACCGGAACUUCCCGAAUUCCCGUCAACGGCUUCAAAGAUCUUCAGGGAAGUGACGGUCCGAGACGAUUCACAAUUGAGAAGACGGGAGAGCUCACCAACCUUCCCAAGGCACACACUUGCUUCAACCGCAUCGACUUGCCGCCUUACAAAAAUCUGGACACGUUGCAAAACAAGCUGACGAUAGCCGUUGAGGAGACAAUGGGAUUCGGGCAAGAGUAA